AUGGCUGUGGGAAAUCUGUCCAGUGUAACUGAAUUCAUAUUCACGGGUAUCACCAGUGAUCAAAAGUUGCCACAUUUCCUUUUCAUUCUGUUCUUGCUUAUAUAUCUUAUUACUGUUUUUGGAAACACUGCUAUCAUAUUAACUAUAAUAAUGAUUAAUGACUUGCACAACCCAAUGUAUUUCUUUCUUAGCAAUUUGUCUUUCUCAGAUCUUUGUUUCUGUUCUGCUGUGACUCCUAAAAUGUUGUAUGAUUUGAUUUCUGAAAGGAAGCUCAUCACUUUUAUUGGCUGUUUGCUUCAACUAUUUUUCUUUGCUUUGUUUGCAACCACAGAGGGCUAUUUAUUAUCUACCAUGGCUUAUGACCGCUUUGUUGCAAUAUGUCACCCUCUUCUCUAUGUGGUUAUCAUGAAUAGGAGAACGAGGAUAGUCCUCCUGACUGUUGUUGUGUAUUUUGGUGGACUUGUCACGGCUGGGAUUCACACAAGUAGCACAUUUAGUUUGACUUUUUGUGGCUCGAAUGUAAUCAAUCACUUCUACUGUGACAUUAAUCCCCUGAUGGCACUCUCAUGUUCUGAUACGUACAUGAAUAAGACAAUCAUAUUUGCAGCAGUUACCUUAUUCUCAUACGUCUACAUAUUUUUCACCAUAAUGAACAUCCGCUCAUUGGAGGGAAGACACAAAGCAUUUUCUACAUGUAGCUCCCAUCUGUUAUGUGUUGCCUUGUUUUAUGGAACAGUUUUUUUCAUGUAUCUACGUCCAGCUUCCAGCUAUUCUGUUACCCAAGAAAAAAGUGGUAUCAAUCUUUUACACUAUGAUUAUACCAAUGAUGAAUCCAAUCAUCUAUAG